AUGGGUGCUUGGACAAAUUUCAAGGACGGCUUCAAGCCCGAGGUCUCUGACGAGACCGCCUCCGACUCAUCCCCCGCUUAUGGCGAGAAGGACUCCAAGGAGUACGAGUCCAACGCUGUUGCCGGUUUCCGUGACCCCAGCGCUGAGGGUGGCCUGAAGCGCAACCUUCACGGUCGUCAUGUUCAGUUCAUUGCCCUUGGUGGUUCUAUUGGUACCGGUCUCUUCAUCGGUUCCGGUGGCGCCCUUGCCACUGGUGGUCCUGGUUUCCUCAUGAUCGAUUUCGCCCUUAUCGGUGUCAUGCUUCUCAUGGUCGUCAUGGCUCUCGGUGAGCUUGGUGCUAUCUUCCCCGUCGCUGGUUCCUUCGCUGCCUACUCUACUCGUUUCAUUGACCCCGCCGUUGGUUUCGCCAUGGCUUACAACUACUGGCUCCAGUGGCUCAUUGUCCUUCCUCUCGAACUUGUCGCCGCCUCUAUCGUCAUCGUUUACUGGGAUCCCAACGAGACCGUUCCUAAAGGUGUAUGGAUCACAAUCUUCCUUAUCAUCAUCACUGUCAUCAACCUCUUCGGUGUCCGAGGUUAUGGUGAGUUCGAAUUCUUUGGCUCCCUCAUCAAGGUUCUCGCUGUCAUCGGUUUCAUCAUUGCUGGUGUUGUUAUCAACGUUGGUGGUGGUCCCGACGGCAAGUACUACGGCUUUGACACAUGGAGCAACCCCGGUGCCUUCAACAACGGCUUCAAAGGUUUCGCCUCCGUCUUCGUCACGGCCGCUUUCGCCUUUGCCGGUACCGAGCUCAUCGGUCUUGCUGCCGCCGAGACCCACAACGCACGAAAGGAGAUCCCCAAGGCCGCCAAGCAGAUCUUCAUGCGUGUUAUCAUCUUCUACGUCGUCUCGCUCCUCAUCGUUACCACCCUCGUCCCCUCUGACAACGAACGUCUUGGAAGUGGUUCAUACGAUGCUAGGGCUUCACCUUUCGUUAUCGCCUUUAACAACGCCGGCAUCAAGGUUCUGCCUUCGAUAAUGAACGCCGUUAUCCUCAUAUCCGUCCUUUCCGUCGGUAACUCUGCUGUUUACGCCGCUUCCCGUACCCUCCAGGCCAUGGCUACCAUAGGGCAGGCUCCCAGCUUCUUCAACUACAUUGACCGACAGGGACGCCCUCUUCCGGCCGUUGGAAUCUCGCUCAUCUUCGGUCUUCUCGGCUACCUGAUCUACGCCGGCGACAACGCCCGCAACCUCGUUUUCAACUGGCUCCUUGCCAUCUCGGGUCUCUCGACCAUCAUUAGCUGGCUAUGCAUUUGCAUUUCCCACGUCCGCUUCCGAAUGGCUUGGGCUCGUAACGGUCACACUCUCGAGGAACUUCCUUGGAAGUCACCUUUCGGCGUCUGGGGUUCCGUCUACGGUGCCUUUUUCAACGUCCUCGUCAUUGUCUUCACCUUCUACACCUCCGUAUUCCCCAUUGGCGAAGGCGAGAUGUCCAAGUCCGACCGUGUCAACGCUUUCUUCCAGGGCUUCAUCUCGGUCCCCGUUGUUGUCCUUGUCUUCCUCAUCCCCUACAAGCUCAUCAAGCGCACCAGGUUUGUCAAGAUCGACGAGAUCGACAUUAGCACUGGCCGUCGCGACCCCGUCCCCGUUGAGGUUCUCCGUCGCGAGCGCGAGGAGGAGAAGGCCAAGCCCCUCUACAAUCGUGUUUGGAACUUCUUCUUCUAG